AUGGUUAAGCAUAAUAAUGUUAUCCCAAACGGGCAUUUCAAGAAGCAUUGGCAGAACUAUGUGAAGACAUGGUUCAACCAACCUGCCCGUAAAACAAGGAGACGCAAUGCCAGCCAAGCAAAGGCUGUUAAAGUAUUUCCAAGGCCAGCUGGAUCGCUUCGUCCUCAGGUUCAUUGUCAAACCUUGAAAUACAACAUGAAACUUAGGGAGGGUCAUGGAUUUUCUCUUGAAGAGUUGAAGGGUGCAGGUAUUCCAAAGAAACUUGCUCCAACAAUUGGUAUUGCUGUAGAUCAUCGUCGUAGGAACCGCUCUUUGGAAGGUUUGCAAGCGAAUGUCCAGAGGCUAAAAACCUUUAAGGCUAAGCUAGUAAUCUUCCCAAGGCGCACAAGGAAAACUAAGGCGGGUGACUCAACACCUGAGGAGCUUGCAAAUGCUACUCAAGUGCAAGGUCAUGUGUUACCGAUUGUGAGGGAGAAGCCAGUUGUUGAACUUGUGAAGAUUACUGAAGAGAUGAAAUAAUUUAAUGCUUAUGCUAAACUUCGUGUUGAAAGAACAAACAAACGUCACUUGGGUGCUCGCCUCAAGAGGGCUGCAGAGGCCCAGAAGGAAGAAAAAAAAUAAUAACCAAAAUUAUAUUUUUCAGUGUUUUUUUUUAUUUUUAUUUUUAAAUAUGUUUAAA